AUUCGCACACCCUGCAUCGAGCAGGCAGAGUAAACAGCUCCCGCAGCCCCAGCCAGGCGGGCGAGGUCCGGAGCGGCUGCGGCUGCGGGCAGCACCCCGGGGGAUGGCAGGGCCGCCCUCCCGGCUGGCGAGGAGCCCCCGCAGCCCAUAGGCGCCGUGCCAGCCCUGCUCGCCCGGCAGAGCGGCUGCGGUGCUGGCAGGAGCCGGCUGGCCUGCCCGCAGCUCUGCCCCUGCCCGCUUAUAUGGGCAGAGCGGAGGUGGGGCUGAGCUCUUCCCCCUUCUCAGCAGCAUCCCCGGGUACGGGACAGCGAGCGCUCGGGGGGAGCGAGUAACGGGAUCGGCUCCACGGCUCGCCGCCACGAGAUGGGCAGGAAGCUGGACCUCUCCAAGCUCACCGAUGAAGAAGCCAAGCAUGUUUGGGAAGUCGUUCAACGGGACUUUGAUCUGCGGAAAAAAGAGGAGGAACGGCUGGAGGAGCUGAAAUGCAAGAUCGACCAGGAGAGCAGCAAGAGAGAGUUCCUGACCAAUCAGUCCCACCUCAACGAAACUCACUGUGUGCACUGCCUGCAGCCCUUCAAGUUCCUGCUGAACAGCAAACGGCAGUGCCUGGACUGCCACUUCUACACCUGCAAGAACUGCAGCCGCUACAACAAGAAGGAGCAGGGCUGGGUCUGUGAUCCCUGCCGCCUCUCCAGGAUCGUGAAGAUCGGCUCCCUGGAGUGGUACUACGAACACGUGCGCUCCCGCUUCAAGAGGUUUGGAAGUGCCAAAGUGCUGCAGUCCCUCUAUGGCAGGCUGCAGCCAGGCCAGGGGCUCAACUCUGCCUUUCUGGGUCUUCAUGACAGAGUUUAUAGUCUGCCAGACAUUAACAGAGAGUGCCAGCUGCUCACCAGCUGUGACGCCGGGGAUGACAGCGAUGAGGAAGACAAUGUCCUCCAUGGGGCUGAAGCAGAGCGCUACAGCAGGAUGUGCAAGACAAAGCGCCUGCUGUCUGUGCACCCCUUUGAUUUCGAACUGGACUCGGAUUACUCUGCUCAGUCUCGCCGCCAGUCUGUGCAGCUCUCUCCAGCAGCCAGCAGCCCAGAUGCUUUCCAGUCCUUCCCAGAUUUCCCCAACUCAGCUGAAGAUGGCUCCCAGGGGUCCAGGAUCACGGAUGCAGACCUGGUGUUCCACCAUGUCCUGCAGGAGCCGGGCGUGAGCGCUCCGGAGCAGCACUUCAGCACCGAGGUUCGGCUCACCGUCAACGCACGGAGGAGGAGCCUGGAGAGAAACCCAAAGCCUGGCAUCCCCUGGAAUGAGCCACCCCGGGCCCGGUACUUGGCCGACAUGGACACGUCCGACGAGGAGGUGAGGGGAGCCCAGCUCCCAGCCCACCACUCCAGACGCCGGAACAGAGCCUCCUCCCAGGAGAACAUCAGCCACUCCUCCAGCCAGAUCCAUGAACUCAACACUCGCAUGUCCGCAAUCGAGCGCGUGCUGAACCGCUUGGAGGAAAAAAUCCUGACGCGGCCCGACGAGUCUGCGGCCCCAGAGUCCCACACGGAUCCUGAUGCUGAGGAGGAGGAGUUGAAGAGGAAGCUGGAGGAGUUAGCCAGCAACAUCAGUGAUAAAGAAGUCUCUUCUGACGAGGAGGAGCGUGAAGAAGAGAAGAGAGAAAAGAAACCAGAGAUGAAUUCCUCCAGCGAUGCCAUGGCCAGGGAUGUUAGAAAGAGGUCGUCGGCUCAGGCUUUGAGUGAGAUCACGGCCAAAGUGCUGAGAGCCAUAAACGCCACGGAGGCAGCGGUGUGGGAGUCGGUGCAUGGACAGAGCCAGGGCUGUGCCCUCCCUGCAGGGCAGCUUCCAGGCCUGCCAGAAGGGAGAGAGGUGGCCGAAGUGUACCGGGAGCUUGAGGAAAAUUUGUACCUGACUGCUGGAAAGACCUACCAGCUUGAGAAGACCCUGAAGGAGCUUGAGGAAGGGGCUCAGCACAGCGGCACUACUGACUCGGAGCUGUCAGAGCUGGAGGACAAAGUGGCCUCAGCAGCUGCUCAGGUGCAGCAGGCAGAGAGUGAGAUAUCGGAUAUCGAGUCCCGGAUUGCAGCUCUGUCUGCUGCAGGGCUGACAGUGAAGUCUGUGGAAAAGGCAAAGAAGAAGUCGAGCGUGCAGGCUGCCUGUCUCCAUUCUCCUGGUCCUGCCAGCAGCAGUCCUGGGGAGGCUUUGGAUGACAUUAAAGCAAUGCCCGGACUGCAGAGGUUCAGGAGGAAGUUCAACAGUCCCCUGGAAAUCACCAGUUUGGAGGACUCCUUUGACCGUAACUCGGCGUACCGCGGCUCGCUGACGCAGAGGAACCCCAACGGCAAGGGCAGGAGGGUGGAGCGGCUCUUUGCGAAGCCUGUGAUGACCCACCUGUCCUGAGGAGAGGGGAUCUUCCUGCUCCCGCAUUUCAGUGAAGACACAAGACCUCAGCAAAGCAAAGCCUCUGACAGCCUUCCCUGCAACGCUUUCUCCUCCUUCUCCUGAGCCCCUCUCUCCCUGAAAGCCUGGACAGAAAGGAAGCCAGAGGCCGUGGGCAGGAGGCUUUGCUGGGAGUUGAUGGGAAGAGGAGCAAAGCACUGGGGUGCAGGCAUGUGGCCAGGGGAUCUCAUGGGAGGAUGCUGGAAUGAGACCUUGGGUUGGGGCAGCUCUUUGGUACUGGGGCAGCCAAGGGGACCAGAGAGGUGCAGAGCAGGAGUGACCUCCCUGGGGGAAGCUGGGUGUAAGUGUGACAUCCAGCACAGGGCAGGGACAGCCCUCGCUUGGCAGAAGCUGUCAGUGCCUGUCCCUGCUCUCUCCCAGGCUGCUGUGAGCAGGGACAGAAGCUGACAGUGAGUGUGGAAUGCCCUUGGGGUACCCCAGGUAGAAGAGGGACCCAGGCAUCCCAGUACAGGAAUUCACACCCCGAUGCUGGUCCCAAUUCCCUGCCUUGUCCCGUGGAGCUUUGCUUCCCUGCCCUGAGCAGCAAAGGAGGAUGGGAUCAGUGCUGGUCCCCUCCCCAGGGAGCACUCGCUCUUUGCCCCAAGCCAUGCAAACACCCCUGAGGCUUCUGCCACCAGCCUGAAGCAGCUGUGGCCAUCAGGGGAUGGGAGUGAAGUGAGGCCUGAGGGGAGUGGUGGCAAGAAAAGUGGGAGGAAAGGCUGGAGGGCUUGUUGGGGAUAUUGGUUUGCUUUUCCAACUCUUUGAAGACAUCUCCACUGCAUGUGAGGCUGUAUCAGCAAGGCACAGAACCCCAGCACGCAGAGUGUAGGUGCUCCUGCCAAGAUGCACUUGGGUGGAUGAGCAUGUCCCCUGUCCCUGGUGAUGGCAUUUGGAGCCUCUUAGGGCCACCCCAUCCUUAGGCAGGGCCGUGAUGACCUUCAGGGGUUGCAGCAGCCCUGGGCCCCUGGUGUCAGCUGCCCCAGCUCCCCCAGGACGUUUGUUUUCCUCCAAUAUUCAACUCUCCAGUGAUCCCAGUGGGUCAGUGCUGGCCCCACACCCAUUAGGAUGGGCAGAGGGUUGCUUUCUCUUGCAGGUCCCUUUAGAAGAGUUUUUUUGUUCAGUUCCUGUCCUGUGCAGCCCCACUCUCCUCCCUCCCCGGCGGGCAAAGGAUCGCUGGAGCUGGAGCAGGGACAUCAGCCCAGUGCUGAGCUUCCCCUGCAAGGCCACCCAGGCUGGAUCAUUUUAGUCAAUUCCUGUACAUCUCAGCUAAAACCACUUUAAUUACGAGCAGUAGGACGAGCUCUCAUGCAAGUAACACUAAUUUGGCUUUGCUAGGAGUAGAGGCUGCUGACUGCCUAGGAAUUGGUCCUGUGGUCAUCCCAGAGAGUAUGUAAGUCCACAGUCUGGGCUUCCCAGCUGGAAACAAAACCGGUUUCUUAAUUUAAAAUUAAAUCUUUGUGGCCUGAAGCUCAAAAGGGUAAGUGCAAAGCUCUGCUGUCACAGAAACUCCCAGACACUGCGGCUUCACAGGAUCCAGCCAGGGGCUGUGCUGGGAUGGCAGCUCCUGGGCUGGAAAAGGGAGCUCCACCAAGAUCCUCCACAGGGUUUGCACCCACCCUUCUGGCAUCAGGGUUCAGCCCUCACCCCAGCCCCAUCUCUUGCUUGUCUGGUUCCAGCCAUGACUCCAGUCCUUCCACACCUGACCCUGUGGAGGAAUCCUCACGGGGAACCUCAGCAGUGCAGACCAAGGCAUCAUUCAGUAGCCACUCAAGUUGUUCUUUCCUGGUUCCCUGACCCAUUUGCCUGUGUAGAGAUUAUAAUAAAUGUUCACUAAAUCAUGCAAUAAAGCAAAUUUUGUGUCCAGAACCACCA